UACCUUUUUCCAGGAUUUUACAAACACUGUGCUAAUUCCAUUUUUUGCCCAAGUUGUAUACGGCAGGUGUACUUGAACUUCUUCGGGAGAAGUUUGUGUUUGGCAAGUGUAUCACCAUCAGAGUUCGACUGUACACCGCAUCACUUUAGCAGUAUACUCACUGCUCCUGAUACAGUAGGCACCUAUAACAUCAAGGUAAUCAGUCAAGAGAAAGUCAUGAAGGGAUCAGCCGGUAGUAUUCAUACUAAUGCACUCAUAUCAAGUAUUCAAAAAUUAAUCUAGCCGAAUUUUUGAAAACGUUAAUAGACCUAUUCUGUCAAGCAGCUUUUAAGGGCCAAAACAUAGGCAGUAUAAAAGUUAAGAGUGAAACCAUUGCCUUUUUCUGCUCUUUUCCUUCCUUCCUCCUCGUUCUUUCUUUUUUUCCUUUCCUUUUCCUCGUUAACGUGCAUGAUUUUCGAGCUUAUUAGGCGCUAAAAGCUACCUUUUGACCCUUUUUAUUUUUAACGAUCACUUACACAUCAUCAUCAUCAUCAUCAUCAUCAUCAUAUCAUCAACAUUAUAUUCGUCAUCAUUUGCAUCGCCAUAUCAUCACAAUUUCGUCAUUAUUCUUUCAUCAUUAUAAAGCAUCAUCACUACCAUUCUCAUCUUCCCUUUUUAUCUUUCUUUUUUCUCUUUUCUAAUGCCCGUCUGAAACAAAUAAUUAUUCUAAAGGUGAUGUUACACGAGGCGAUUCGCAACGACGAUUUUUAGCGCAACACAACGUUGCAACAAUGUUGUGACAUUGUUUUGAACAGUUACAACAUUGUUCCAACAUUGCAACGCCGUUUUGCGCUAAAAAUCGUCGUUGCGAAUCGUCCCAUGUAACAUUACCUUAACGUGAUAAGGAUUUCAAAAAAUAACCCAUCACGUUUGACACGAGAAGUUCAGGAACAAAUAUCCUCAUGUUUUUCACCCAAGAAAACGUUUAGUGGCCAGAGUUAAGAAAGACAUGUCUUCACCGGUGUAGUGAUAGCAAAGCUGAGCGCAAAACAGAAAAGGCGGAUUUUUAUAAUUAUUAUACAUUGUACUCAUUGGCUAGAGCGUACAGUUGAUCUCGGAAAUCAGCGCAACCUACAGAUUAGUAAGUUACCGUAUUUCCUCGAAUAAUAGCGGUCCCUCGAUUUAUCGCCUUCCUCGAAUAAUCACCCAUCCCCACCCCUCUCGCCAUCUUCUCCUUUUAUUACCUCCCUGUCAAGUUGGAGUGGAGCCUGAUCCAGCGAAUUUGAUCAUUGACGAUUCAAGUUCUGACGCCUAGGAUACUGACCCUGAAAAUUAAUCAAGGGACCAAAUUGGAAGCCCAUGUUCAGUUUAUUUGAUAUGAUCAUUUUUUGUUUAAUGGGAUGAUAAAACAAAAUAUUUAGCGCACAACUUCCAGUGAGCAGAAUUUAAAAUAAUCGCCUCCCUCGAAAUAAUCGCCCCCUGCCAGUAUUAUUCGAGGAAAGAAGGUCCAUAAGGUUUUUGUGAAAUCUGGUAAAACGAAGAGCGCUCGGACUCCGCUGGUAACACUUUGGUUAUCUCGACCUCGAUUAUUCCAGGUAUCAACAGAAUCCAAAAAAAAUUUACAAUCAAACUGUCAUUCAGCGAUAUCCGACCAAACUUCCAAGCUUUUUAUUGCACUCCAUCGGUUCAAUCAAGUGAUUUUUAUUGUGUGUGUGCAUUUUUUCUUUCUGAUUAGAUGGAGGAGAAACUUGCUUAUAAAUGUGAAACAAGUCGCACUUCAAGCAAGGGAUCAGUUGUUGGGACAGUUUUUAUCGAAGGUUAGAUCCAAACGAUUUAAAUAUUUAUGUGAUUUGUUUUCAAGUUAUCUUCACAGUUUUGUUCAGUUACUUAUUGCUUUUAUCUCAGAGCCUCCUUCCAUAGCGAACAAGACCGACCCUCCAACUGUUUUCACUGGAGAUUCUUUCAUUCUUAAUUGUUCGGCGAAAGGCUAUCCUACACCAGUAGUCCGAUGGUUUAAAGACGGAAGUUUGAUUUACCAAAAUACCAGCCUAGCGUUCCCCUCUCUAAACCAGUCAGAUACAGGCCUUUACAUGUGUAACGCGUCCAAUAUUGCCGGAAGCGAUACCUAUGAGGUGCAACUCGUUGUGAGAGGUAGGGAAUCAGUCGCCAAAGUACGUUCACGUCUCAGUAGUUUAUUAUUGUUUUCUUAAGAUCUUAUUCCUCUCCCAAAAACACAACCAUAACUGUAAAACUACCACUACCACACUACCACUAACACCAACACGAAGUAACAUUAACACACUGACUAACACUAUUACUAUCACCAACACUAACAAUACAGCGACAAUAUCAUAAACUUGUAGUAACGCCUCCAACAACACUGGCUGACAACAACAUUAACACCAACACUUAACAACGCUAACAAACACUACCACUAACACUGCUCUACCACUGACUCGAUACCACCAGCACUGGCGUAAACAUAACCACUAUAGCACUAACACUGACAUAAUCACUAACACUAACAGUAACACUAACAAUACCUCUACUUUACCACUUUCCCCACCACCAGUACUCUACCACUCACACCAACACUAACAACCGGCAUAGGCACGAAUUAUGUCGUUCGACCUCAUAUGAAGUAACUUUAUUUAAAAACUCCUACCUAGCAUUACCAUGAGAGGGCCUCAAAGGAAGGUUUAUCAUAAGAAGUAAUUCAAAUGUAAAACAAACUGGUUGAUACAUCCCUAUAAUAACCUGCGAACUCAAUGCGUGUUGAAAAGAAGUCUUAUAGUAGCGAAAGGGGAUAUAAACGAAGAGGCAAAAUACAAAUAAACUAUAAGACCAGCUGUCAGACAACUCGUGUAUCCUUUUAGACAAUAAUUAAGUCGGGUCCAGUCAUUCGCUCAGCUUUGCGGCCCACAGCUCCCCUACAUAAAUGAUGUCACCAUUUCUGAAAGAUGGAUAUAUCAUAUAACCGAUAUUAUAAACAGCUGGUUUUUUUCUUUUCUUUUCCAUUCAGAGCGAAGACCUAUUCUACAACAAAGAGUCUUAAUCCUAAAUGCUUCUGACAAUUUGCUUGCAAAGUAAGUGAUACAAAUGACAGAAUAUCUCUUCCCCGGAGUAGUUUUAAGACGCGAAGGAGAAUUUACUAUAAUAUAUAGCUCUGGACAUUCAUCAAAAAAAGUAGUGCAUGAAAAAGGCACCCCAUCUGUGUUUGUUUAUUUUGCCGCUACUUUAAGCCUUAAAAGUAUUUAUAACACAGGGGCACUCAAGGGGAAAAGUUUCAGAAAGAGACUUAAAAAUAACAACAAAGCAUAAAUAAAGCUUUCUGAUGCCAUUUUGGGAGAUUGCCGGGAAACAUAUAUCUGUUCCUCACUCCCAGCAAGACUGAUGGAAAAGUUCCCAGCCAGCAAGGUGCACCUACAACCUGGAACCUGACUUACUGGGAAGUUUCCCAGCAGACGUAUGUCCAGACAUUACUGGUCAGUUUGGGUGUGGUCAUAGAGCAAAAUUCACCCCUUCAGUGGGGGGGCAGGGGGGAGGGGAGAGAGGUUGCUGAAAAAUAACACGUAGCACCUAUUAAAGACAUCUAAUCCUCUCAGACACCCUGAAUUGUCCAUUUCCCAGGAACACUUUCCUUCCAAGGACAAAUUAUUUUUUCCCACAUUUCCCAGCCAGCAAAAAUUUGCCUGUAGAACAGAUUUUUUUGGGUACAGAUCCACUGGGUGCCCCUGAUAACAUAGAAGUACUAGUGCUAGAAAUAGAAGUCAUAAUAUUCCCAUUCAUAGGAGUUGAAAAUUCCUCAUUUAUCCAAAACCUCUUAAAAGAAAAAUACAACGACACUACAGCGACAACCAGUAAGGAGCAACCUGCAUCUAUAUACUAUAACAGUAACAAAAUAACCGUAAUUCAAUUCCUGUGACACGGAGAAAACGCAGAGAGGGAGAGACUUUGGGCGUUGGUGGGCGUUGGCUAAACUGGGAUAAUAAUUUCAAAUACGGUUAUUUAUUUCACUAGGGUUAGUUACGGAAAUCUCAAGUUAGUUGACAGUGAAGUCCACAAACCUUAAUUGUUACGUUAUUUCCAUUCGUGCAGAUUGAUACCUAGUGUAGCAAAUACGAGCCAUUGAUGACACGAACUUUUUUGUCGUUUUUAAAUCUUAUUAAAAUAUGUAUAACUGUAUCUGAAAAAUACACUCGUCAAAAAACUUGAAGAACUUUUUAUUCUGUUUCUUGUAAAACACGCAAAUUUCCAAGGCUGCAAAACUGUCCUACCCAGUCGCGCGGCCAAAUUAACAAGUAUGACUAGAAUGAGUGGAAGCAUGUAGAAUAAUUAAAUACGAAGGAUUUUCGAUGUCGAAAACUCCCCAACAUUGCGGUAAGGCUUCUAAAAUCAACACUGCAGAAAGUGCCAACUGCCUAUGUUGCAGUGUAUUUUUUACUGUGUUUGUGUUAUAUUUAUUUUAUUUUGUUUUUCUUUGCUUUGUUUUGUUUUGUUUUGUUUUUUUCUUUCACAAUCGACACUUUUUUCUUUUCAGUGAUUCUGUGACAUUUACAAUCUUUCUCACCCAUGACGCCUUAUCAAGUGACCAUGCGUGGAAUGUAGUAUUGGUUUGGAUCUUACCUCAUUACGCGCGCUUCCUCAGACACGUACCCAAGAAAAACAUCACCAAUCCCUACCCUGGAGAGUAUCAAAUUAAGGUAGGAUAUAUAAUGGACGACUUUCUUGUUUUUUAUACAGGAUCUGAAAACUUUGCUCCAUAAAAUUCACUAAAAUGCUCUUAAAUUGAUAUCAAGCUUAACUUCUGAGACUAAGUGGAUGUGAAAAUUGUUUGGCUUUGAAUAGUACUGAAAAAUAUUGCUAUUUCCUGCCUUCCUUUUCCCGACAUAUUUUUCUCCACGAAAAGAAAGAUUUAGCUAAGAUUUUGACUUUCAUUUCUUCUCUCACAGCCAAUUUAUUUUUUAUUUUCCACGAAAGUAAAAUUUUUACAGCCGACAUUUAGAUGUCUUUUUUUUCUCGUUUUUGAGAAAUAAAUGAAAAGUAAAAUAAAAUCUUUACAUAUGAGGCUUCUUUUCGAUAUGGAUUUAAACCUGCUGUUAAAACGAGAGAAAGAAAGAAAGAAAACAUUGGACCUAGGGUACACCGUUUUACAACAAGAACAAAAAUAACUUAAUUUACAUUUCUCUUAGAUUUCGUCGAAAAUAUAUCUCUGCUUUUUUUUUCCGCUUUUGUUUGGAAAACGGAUUUUUAAAAGUAACAAAAACUGUAAGUAUAAGUUAAAGAAGGAAAUACCCAGAGCCUAAUUUUUACAGAACCGCAAGGUUUUCGGAUUAUUCUCUAUUUUUUUAUGUAGCUAGACUCACAAACAAAAACACGCGUGCCAGUAGAAUAAAACAAAUAAAUAAGAAACCAUAUGCGAAGGCAAAGCAAAAGAGGGGGAAGAGAGAGAAAGAAAGAGAUGCAAGUGCACAGCACAGCUAAAGCAGUAGCCUACCUUUUUUGUCCAGGUUGGUAAGAUUGACCUGACAUUCUCAAUGGAAAUCAACAUUACUGUUCAAAUUGACCCGGAAAGUAAGUUAUCAACGGGAGGUCACUUUCUUUCCAUACCGACCUACAUCAUGUACGAAAAGCGCAUGUCAGGAGAUGCAAAUGAAAUGUUUGUAGGCUCAAUUGAGGCUGUGACAGUCAAUUUCACAGCAAAGGAAGGUAAGUUUAUCUAGCAAGUUUGCAUUAUUUGUGUUUUAGGUUUCUGGGAAACUGCCCACCUACCCCUCCCCUAAAUCAACAUUUUGCCCUAAACAAGAAUUAAGUGUUAAUGUUGGUUCAGGGGAGGGGUAGGUGGGCAGUUUCCCAGACACCUAAAUUGAUCCUUAUUUUAACCUCAUUUGCGUGCUUUAACAAAAGAGUGCCAAUUCACAGGCUUAAACGGCGUUUAAUGUUUUCACUCACGUGGCCAGCAGAUACACAGAAUUUAUUUUGGAACAGAAGAGUGCAUAUAAGGUUUAACUCUAACAGGAUUGGUUUAGGACACCAAUAUGGCCGCCGUUUCAUUAUUUUACGACACCAAUAAUUAGGGAGCUUUAGUAAAGGCGUUUUGGAGCGACGCACGCCAACCGGAAGUAAGGUCUUUUUCAUUUUAAAGCACCUCGACACUACCAAAUUUGUAUUUCUAAAUGUCUUUACUACUAUAGAGACGAUUUGUCCAAAAAAUUGAGCAAAACCACCGUGCAAAAACGAAAAAAGACCACUUCCGGUUGACAUGCGUCGCUCAAAAAAAGCUCACUAAUAUGGCGGACGUGACGACAUGUGAUAACGCUUCAUAAUUGGCAAUAAGGAGCAUUAACACUAGGGGUUAAUUUUCCUCCUUCGUCAGGUACCCCGAGAGGAUUCUUGAUGCACCCUCUGUCCAAUGAAGUGUACCUUUGUAAAGAGAAAAAGAGGUAAAGUACUCGCUAGGUAUUGUUAAGUUGUUUGAUUGAACCAGCCAGUUUUCAUAUCUUUGUGUAUUCAAUAUAACCAGCGUUUUCCUUAAGAAAAAAAAAUCAACGAAAAUGGUCAUUUGGUUAAAAUUACUGGCGUUUGGGGGAAACCCUUUCCCAAGGCUCAACGAAGUAGAGCUGAAGAUCUAAUGACAGACCGUUUAGAACAAAAAAGCGAGGUCUGCAAGAUGAAACAAUCAGUUUAGUAUGAUAACUUUAAUUUCCUGGGCCGAGUUGUUCAAAGCUGGGUUAAGAUAACCCAGGGUUAGUGUGAGAUUUGAACUAAGAUUUGAAACUUAAAAAGCAUUUCAGCUUUAAUUCUUUUUGUCUACAAGUUGAUGAUUGGAAGCUCUAAAAAUAACAGAGAAAAUUAUCCGAGAAAAUGCUUUUGAACACAAGAUAAAGAAACCCGGGUUAAGCGCUAAUCGGCCUUCGAACAACUUCCCCCUGAUCUCUUUCUUCAACAAGGAUCUUUGAAGUAGGUUAAUGAGUAUACUAAGUAUCUCUAACAAGCAUAUGUUGAGUAGUUCUUCUCAUCCACGUUGAAUUAGCUUCAUUAUAUUUUGUCAGUUAUCUGUUAAUCUAUUUAAUGACGUUUUCUUUUUACUAUCAAUUUCUAGUGAUUUAGAUCCCUCAUGCUAUGUUUCGACGGAUGGUGUUAAGUGGACCGGUAAGUGCUUUUAAAUCAUUACUUAAUCUUUCACUGCGCUUGAUUAACCCCGGACGGAAUAAAAAUAAUAAAAUUAUUUCGUUUCGCGGUGGCUACGUAUAUCACCUGACCUUAAAUUUAACAUGGGAGCAAUUGGCGAAUUCGAAUUUAUUAUUUCAGAAGUUUAAUUAUCAUGUAAGCGUUUUGCCCUGCGCAGGGAGUACUAUGAUGACCACGACUGAAAUGACCCACUGAUCUCUGCUUCAAGAUUCACUACCAAUUUCGUUUUUAUCUUUAGGGAUUGACCGGCGAGUUAAGAUAAUCGUUGGGAUGAUUGUACGUGGCUUAGAGAAAAUGAUUUUCGCCAAAACGUCCGAUAACCAAUGUCACAUGUUCAGUGUGAAUGGCCAUAUUUGGAGUUGUAUUGUUUCCGAAGAAUGGGAAAAGGAAUCAUCUUCAGAGGAUUUUGCGCAUGUUGUCUAUGUUCCCCCACAUCUGAAAUCCGAGACUCCACAGGAUGGUUUCAUUUUCACUAAAAAAGAUGGCACAGUUUCUUAUGGGGGUAUUAAACACUUACGUAUGUUUAAAACGCUGGCUUAA